AUGGCCUUCUAUGGCACUGUACAAAAAUGCAAAUCUUGUAAUAAAACUGUUCAUUUUGCUGAGACUAUGUCUGCAGAUGGUGUUCCUUAUCACAAAACCUGCUUCAAAUGCAGCCAUUGCAAUGGGCGCCUCGCGAUGAGCAACUACUCAUCCUUGAAUGGAGUCCUUUACUGCAAGCCUCACUUUGAACAACUCUUUAAGGAAACUGGAAGCUUCAGUACUAAGAAGUAUCAAUUUGCAACAGCUGGGAAGCAACCAGAACUGAACAGGACUCCCAGUAAAGUCUCUACCUUCUUCUCUGGCACCCAAGAGAAAUGUGCAGUAUGCCAAAAAACUGUGUACCCACUGGAAAAGGUGACAGUGGAGGGUGAAUUUUAUCACAAAACAUGCUUUAGAUGUGCUCAUGGAGGCUGCAAUUUGACAACCUCAAAUUAUGCUGCUUUGGAUGGAAUCCUUUACUGCAAACCUCACUUUGCACAAUUGUUCAAGGAAAAGGGUAGCUACACUCAUCUCACCAAGACUACUUCCAUGAGGAAAAAUGGUGGGGAAUCACCAGCUUCUGAACUAGAUCAGCCUCAGGAUCCGAAGCAUGUCGAUGAAGUGGAGCAACCCAACUCUGAGGUUGCACAGGAAACAUAG